AUGAUGCGUGGUGCAAGCCUCACCCGGCCUGUCAAUCUCCCCGAGAUGGAACUGCCGUCACCAGAGACCUUGCUUGAGCUCCCGUCGCCUUCGUCUCAUCCGGUGUUGAUCGCCCGGAAACUCCUCCUCCUAGCCACGUUCCUUCAAGGCAUACCGCCAGCAUCCCGGGGGGAUCUUGAAAAUCUCACGGUCAGCCGCCAGGACCUCAUGGCCGGUGCCGUUUCCAAGGCCCACCACCUCGUAACCUCCAACGACGAGCUGGUCGCAUCGAUAGAGGGCAUCGAAUGUCUCAUGCUCGAGGGCCUCUACGAAUCCUAUUCUGGCAGCCUCCGACCAUCAUGGCUUGCGACACGCCGUGCUGUGACCAUUGCCCAGAUGAUGGGCCUUCACCGAGGUGUCAGACCGAUGUCCUUGACGAGGGCGACCUUCAAGCCUGAUCACGUCUGGUUCCGGCUGGUUCAGCUGGACCGCUACCUCUCCAUCAUGCUCGGGUUACCGCCCAUAUCUGUUGACGACAGUUUCGCCAAGCCAGACAUUUUGAACACUUGCACACCCGAGGAGCGAAUGCAGCGUCUAAAUUGCGCUGCAGCAGGACACCUCCUACGCCGCGCGCCCACAGAUGCGGUAGACCCAGUCAAGACGAAGGAGAUUGAUAAAAUGCUCCAAGAUUCGUCGGCAUCAUUGCCGCCUCAAUGGUGGCUCACGCCUACAUUGUCCUCAUGCCACGGCCAGAUGGACACGAUCCGCGAUACCCUGCGCUUCAACGGCCACUUCAUGCACUAUCAUAUGCUCGUUCACUUGCACCUCCCGUACCUCUUGCCCUUGGAAAACUCACGCGACUACGAGUACAGUCGCAUGGCAGCCAUUUCGGCUAGCCGCGAGAUCCUGUCCAGAAUUGCCAGCUUUCGCACUUUUCGACCGACUGGGUACUACUGCCGCGGCGUGGAUCUUCUCGCCUUUCUUGCCUGCACGGCACUUGGGCUUGCUCACAUAUGUGAUCAUAGCCGGAGGAGGACUGGUGAUGGGGAGUUCCCUUUCCUCGUUCACCAGCGAUUGAGUGAUCGCGGUUUGCUAGAACACACAAUGCAAUACAUGUCAGACAUGGCACGCGUGAAUGAUGAUGCAAUUGGAUCAAUGGUGGCCACCUUGCUCGAGCAUCUCCUAGCCAUCGAGGAGGACGCAGCAGCCGGAUCGAGCUAUACGGUAACUUCGUGCAUGGAAUCUGAUAUAGAGAGCGAGGAAGAGACCGGUGGUAGUCAUUUUAAACUGAGUGCAGAUGGUUCCGUACUAACCAUUCAUCUUCCCCAUAUCUGGGUCGUGAAGAUCGAGCGCGGCCCUGGCCAAAGCGGACGGCUCCCAACCAAAGCAAGUCGUAAUUCCAACUCGACAUCUGAGCCCGCGGAAUCCACGACUCAAUGUCGACCAGUCUCAAAUCAAGCCCGGGAAGCGCAGAAAUCCCAAAUAUUUGACAGCCCCAUCUUGCAAAACCCGUCUUUGGCGCAGCUCAUGCCCUUUGUCACGCGUGGUCAUCUUGCAAUGGCAUCUCAGGUCACGGAAAAUGGAAGCUUGGACUUUCUAUUGCCGAUCCAGGAGCUGAAUGAGGACGAAAAUGUGGCUGAAGAUAUUGACAUAUCGUUCUUUAAUAGCUUGAUUCAGGAAAUGCCAGUCUAG